CUUCGCAGGAGAGCAGCGAUGCUGGCCGUAACCGUGAUCUUGUGGCAGUGACACGGCGCAGCCCGCCUCCAGGCAGCUGCUGGAAAGCAAAGGAUCCGCAGGAAUCCGAGAUCGAGUCGCCGAGAAGAGGGCGGCAUCCAAGGACUUGCGGCAGCAGGAUUGGAACUGCUUCUCCUGCGGUGAUGCGCGAGGGAGGUUGGCAGCAGGCGGCUCCCGGCAAACUGAAGAGAGCUUCUUUUGGUGUAGAAGUACUCUGAAAGAUAUUUGCAGUGUGGGAUACUUCUACUAGCACUUGAUUUUACGGUAUCUAUACUGUUGAAGACUGCAGAAGGAAAAUGAUACAAUGCUACUCCAGGAGUCUAAUUAGAAUGGGAGCUGCCAAUAAUACUUCAAGUGCUUACUGCUGAUUUUGGAUCAAUACAGACAUCUAAAGGUAAAAGGGAGGAUGGUGGCUGGGGAGGCCAGUGUGCACAGCUCCCUAGUGGCUUGCUGGCAGCCCAUCUUGCUGUUGAUGCUUGGUACUGUCUUGUCAGGCUCGGCCACUGGGUGUCCUGCUCGUUGUGACUGCAACCCUCAGGAGCGAUCUGUUUUGUGCCAUCGCAAGAGGUUGAUUGCAGUUCCAGAUGGAAUUCCCACAGAAACACGGCUGCUGGAUCUGAGCAAAAAUCGUAUCAAAACCAUUAACCCUGAUGAAUUUUCUCCCUUCCCCCAUCUUGAGGAACUGGAACUCAAUGAGAAUGUCAUCUCUACCAUUGAGCCAGGGGCCUUCAACAAUCUCUAUGGACUGCGGACGUUGGGUUUGCGCAGCAACAAGCUGAAACUCAUUCAGCUAGGGGUCUUCACAGGCUUGAGCAACCUUACCCAUCUUGAUAUAAGUGAAAAUAAGAUUGUUAUUCUGCUGGACUAUAUGUUUCAAGACCUUUAUAACCUUAAGGCUUUAGAGGUUGGUGAUAAUGACUUGGUCUUUAUUUCUCACCGCGCCUUCCAUGGUCUCAGCAGCUUGGAACAGCUUACUCUGGAGAAGUGCAACUUGACAUCCAUUCCUACAGAAGCUCUCUCUCACCUCCAUAGCCUGAUUGUGUUGCGACUGCGGUACCUUAAUAUAAAUGUGGUCAAGGAUUAUUCCUUCAAACGCUUGUACAGGCUCAAAGUCCUUGAAAUUUCCCAUUGGCCCUUCCUGGACACAAUGACCUCAAAUUGCCUGUAUGGCCUUAACCUGACAUCCCUGACCAUAACUCACUGCAACCUUACCAGCAUUCCAUAUGUGGCAAUCCGUCACCUGGUAUACUUGCGCUUCCUAAAUCUGUCUUUUAAUCCCAUCCACACUGUGGAAGGUGGCAUGCUUCAUGAUUUGUUGAGGCUGCAGGAAUUCCAUCUUGUAGGUGGCCAGCUGACCAUUAUUGAACCAUACUCAUUCCGAGGCCUCAAUUAUUUGCGCAUUCUUAAUGUCUCAGGCAACUAUCUCUCCACACUGGAGGAAUCUGCAUUUCACUCUGUGGGAAAUUUGGAAACACUUAUUCUUGAUAGCAAUCCCUUGGCUUGCGAUUGCCGCUUACUCUGGGUCUUCCGUCGACGCUGGCGCCUGAACUUUAACCGACAGCAGCCAACCUGCACCACACCAGAGUUUGUCCAGGGAAAAGAGUUUAAGGACUUUCCUGAUGUUCUUCUCCCUAAUUAUUUCACCUGCCGUAAAUCAAGGAUCCGGGACAGGCAGCCCCAAAAGGUUUUUGUGGAUGAAGGCCACACUGUUCACUUUGUGUGCCGAGCAGACGGUGAUCCAGUGCCAGUUAUUAUGUGGCUAUCACCACGCAAGAAUCUCAUCACAACAAAGACUAAUGGAAGGCUUACAGUGUUUCCAGAUGGCACCCUGGAGGUGCGCUAUGCUCAGAUCCAGGAUAAUGGCACCUAUAUCUGCAUUGCUAGCAAUGCAGGGGGAAAUGACACUGCCGUAGCUCACCUGCAUGUCCGUAGCUACUCACCUGACUGGCCCCUCCAGCCCAAUAAGACUCUGGCCUUUAUUUCUAACCAGCCCAAUGACAGUGGUUUGAAUGGGACAAGAGCCACUGUGCCCUUCCCGUUUGACAUCAAAACUCUUAUCAUAGCAACUACAAUGGGCUUCAUUUCAUUUCUUGGAGUUGUGCUGUUCUGCCUGGUCCUCUUGUUUUUGUGGAGCAGAGGUAAAGGGAAUACAAAGCACAACAUUGAAAUUGAGUAUGUGCCACGCAAAUCUGAUGCUGGCAUGAGCAGUGGUGCUGCCGAUGCUCCCCGCAAAUUCAACAUGAAGAUGAUAUAAAACAAAAGAAGAGUCAGUGACAAAGAGAUCUUUUCAGCCAGAUAUCCCUGAAAACUACAGAGGGAGAUUAAAAGACCCUCCUGAUAUUUAGACAGGGAUACCCUUUUUUGUACUAUUAUAAAUAGAACAUACUAAGUCCUGUUUUCAUAAGACAAUAUUGCAUAUGGAACUCAUGAAUUUCUAUGGUGGAAAAAAACUGCAGAAAAUUAAUGAAUCCUUUUAAGGUUUCUUUUUCUUUUUUUAUCAUGAUUCAGAAUGCAACAGGCAGAUCAAGUCUCUUCCUGCAGAAAACCACAGCCUGUUUCUUUGUUUAUUUACUUCUCAUUUGUAUGUGGCAUUUUAUUCAAGUACACUGUACUGUCCUUUGCUUCAUUUGAAUGUCUUCUGAUAACAUGAGAGUAUUUCAUUCAGGGUUAGCAAAUAUGUCUGACUUUGUGAAAAUUCUCAGGUUUGUCAGAAUUAGAGCUAAACAAAUAAAGCUCAUGCCCUGACUGCUUUGCAUGAAGCAAUAUCAUUCGAUAAAUCUGGAUGACUAAAAAAUAUAUAUAAUAUUAAUUACUCCAACCACCAUUAAUACAGCUUUCUGACAAUAGCAUCAGUUAAAUUCCCCAUUGCCUGUAACAAAAAGGUUUUUCUUCAGUAUUGGAAGUAAAGCACAUUUUUAUCCAACACUCUGCUGUGACACUGGAGUCAGGGUAUCAGCUGACCAAAUAUGUUGGGGCGAAUGGGGUGCAGUGCAUUAUUAUUCUUGUGACAUUUCAUUAAUCCAAAAGUUUAGGAAUACCAUGUCACCAGAGGCCACUAUAAUACUUCUUUAACAGGACAAUGCUAAUGCAGUUCUGAUUGGUGGCAUAAUAAGGAUCAAUACAACUGCUACUUCUGCCUUUGCUUUUUUAUACAGGGUGUCCCAGAUUCUACAAUUAAAUUUCACACUUGGUUAUUUGUAGCUAAAUGACAUUGGUUUUCUAAGUAAACUGAAAAGAUUAAUUAUUUUUAUUAUUUUAUCAUCUAAACUUAAUGAAUAAACAUACAAUUCAUUGUCUGUCCAGAGGUCUGAGUCUGGAUUGUGAAGUGAAAUGUGUAUUUAAGCUCAACUGAAGCUUCUUGAUAAGUAAAGGAGAAGAAAACCAGGCUGAGUUUUAUCUUAUUGAGUGAAAUUUAAUUAUGUUUCAGUUAGUUUAAAGGAAUAAUGUGUGGCCAUUCAUAAAUGAUGUCUGGCCAUCCAACUCAACACCCACUCUUUGCAAGUAAAGUAUUUUAAAGUAAUAAAGACAUACAUUCACACCUCUCUUAUUUAGAUUCUGAAUAAUGAAAAGAAAAAAAGACAUGGAUUAGUAAAUGAAGUCCAUUUCCAUGUUUCAUUUUUUCAUCAUGUUUUUAACAUAUUUUAAUGGAAAUGAAGAAUUGUAAUAAAAUAAGACAGAAAAGGAAUGUUGGUCAUGAAGUGGUUUGACCAAGUUGCACUUAUUUUUAAUGUUUUCAAUGCUGAAAAAAUGAAGAGUUUCAAGGAGAGCACCUUUCAACAGAUAAUGAGCUGUAUGCUUUUCUGUCAGUUCAUUUUCCAGAGUCAUGCAGGAUGAAUGAUUCUAAUAAUCUUAUGAAGCAACAUUUUGGGUUUUGUGUGUACAAUGUAAAACAAACAAAGAACAAAAAAGAAAUGAAAUAAAUAAGAGUUCUGAAAAGAA